UGUUAGUUCGGUUAGUCGUCAGUUGUUCGCCGCACGGCGAUAGCGUGUGUUCUCAGUGAUCGUGUCGUGGUGAAAACUGUACCUUGCCGACCAGCACCGUUGAAAUACUUACUCGUGUGUGUUCGUCAAUCGUUCACAGAAAAAAGGGAGAAAACAUUCGAAAAUCAAAAAAGAGAACGUUUGCGACGGUGAACUCUUGUUCCGACAAGCAUCAGGUGCAACGAUCUCGCCGGAUCCCGGAUGAUCUACAAGUGAUCCAACAUGGCGUCGACCGAUCUGUCGUUCGCGGGAUCCUGCGAUUUCCCGCGAAGUGUGAUGUCCUUUUGUUUUGGUUUCCGUCGCCGCGCGGUACCAGGCUGCAUACCGGCGUUCUACAGAGAAGUCUACGAGAAGAUUUGCUCUCCCACGAGUGGAAAUGUGGAACGAGAGGUGUUUAAAUCCCUACUCGUCAAGUCCCAGCUGAGCAGCUCCGUUCUCAGCCAGAUAUGGGAACUGGUUGACAGCAAGACUGGUUACUUGACCAGGAGCGGAUUGUAUAAAGGUCUUGCUCUAGUCGCGUUCGCUCAGCAGGGAAAACAACCAAGCGACAAACUCUUGGAAAACUCUGAAUCUCAAGAAUUACCCGUUCCUGUUCUUGGUGACCUUUCAGAGGUAACACUUCUAGCUCAAAGGUUGCACAAAGGCAGCAAUCCAGCGAAAUUGAAUCUCACGUACACGGAUAUUUGUAAUUUGGACACGAUAGAGGUCAAUUUGGUGCCCGAGAAGAAGGGAAUAUUUUUGAAACACGUGGAAUACCAAGUAACAAGCAAGAGAUUUAAUUCUAUCGUUUAUAGACGUUACAAUGACUUCGUGUCGUUGCAUGAACUACUCCUCGCAAGGUUUCCAUACAGGUUGAUACCAAAGUUACCGCCGAAGAAGAUCGUGGGAGCGGACUCUCAAUUCUUGGAAGAACGAAGACGAUCGCUUUUGAGAUUCCUCACAGUGAUCGCUCGCCAUCCGGUAGUGAGCAAAGAUCACAUUGUGCAGUUUUUCUUCACGUACACCGGUGAGGAGACGCAACACAAGAUCCGUGAGGUGUUCAGACGGGUGCCGGACGAAUUCGCCACCUCCGAGUUGUCCUCGAAAGCGAAGGAAUUGGUACCGCCUGAAACGUUGACCGAAUUCGCGAACAGCCGCGAUCAGAUUAGGGUGAUACUCCUUGGAAUAUCUCGAUUAAAAAAUAUCGCGGAUUGUUUGGCAAUCAGAUCGCACAGUUACGCAAUGGACAUGGCAGAGUUGGGCACACAGCUAAGCAAUUUAGCGUCGGAACCUCAUGGCACUACCGCUUGGGCCACAGGUGGAUCUAGCAUUUGGCAAGAGAUGAAGAAAGGUUUCCACGUUAUUUCUAAAGAAUUCAAUUUACUCUCGACAAGAGCCCUUCAACAAGCGGUUAGAGAAGAGACGAUGGUCUGCGAAAGGCUGAACCUCCUUUUGGACAUCCUCGUGGCGCACAGAAUAUUAUGCGAGAGGCAUGAACGAGGAGUCAGCGCUGAUCAUCAACGCGCAUUAUCCACCAUGCUAUCUUUAAAAAAACGACAAAUGCAAGGAGUUAUCCGCGGCACAGAUACUGAUACAGUUGAAUACCUGGAGAACAAGAUGGUCGCUCAGGAAUCCGUGAUCGCGAACGUCGAGCUGCGGAAUUGUUUUUCGUUGCAUUGCUUACACAUGGAAACCCAACUGGUUCAUGCACAUUUAGAGAUACUAGCUACGGUUUUACAGAGUCUUGUAAACGUUCAAAUACGCGGUCAUUCUGAGCUCGCCGAAGUAUGGAAGUUGAUAGAGCCAACAAUCAUGAAGUGUUUACCAGAAAAAUCGACAAAUGGAUCGAAUGGAAUUUCAUAGGUCAGAGAAAGUUUCUUGCGCGUCAAACAGUUCGUGUUUUGUGAUUAAAUCUUGAUGACUGGGGUGCGUAAGUUAAGGAAAUCAAGACUUGAAGAUAAUUUUUGCAUAUAACUGUAAGAUACUGAUAUUGAAUUCAUGCGAUUAAGAAAACAUUGGAAGAAUGUAAUUAAGACAUCACAAACGUAUUACGCGUUAUGUUAAGAGAUGGAAAGCAUUUGCAACAAAUCAAUUGCAAUACAUAUUACAUCAUAUGGUAGAGUAUGUAUAAACGCAGAAUAUUACAUAUAUGGAACGUAUGAAAUUGAAAGACUCAUUAAACAUUCCUUGUUAUGUACUUAAUAUAUUUUAUGAUCUGAUUAAACAAUCGCACGCUAUUGUGUACAUAGUAAGUCACGCUUUUUCCUGAAAAAGCAGUAGACAAAUAGGUAAAACAUCUGUAUAAAACAACGAAACAACUGUAAAUAAUUUGGUUACUGAGAUACAAUGUUUUUAUAUGAGUUAGAAGUCUGACGAGUGUUAUCAUUAUUCUCCGGUACCACGUUGAUCGUGGAUGCGCUAAAUACUUUACACACAUUAAUAUACGGUACUCGCCUUUGUAUAACAGCAAUAAAAUACAUUGUUAUUAUAUAAUCGCAUUAUUUACCAUUUAUUUAUCAAAAUUUUAUUGAUAUUGACCUAUUAAAUGUUGAAACCGAUAUUUUAAAUAAAAAAAAAUUAUUGUUAAAUGAACAAUAUAUUAAUUUAUCGUAUGUUAUAAUUUAAAAAAUUAUAAGUAAAAAAAUAUAUGUUACAAAUACUAAGUACAAGAAUUUAUUGCUUCCUUUGUACUGUUUAAUUGGAGAUGUCGCUAUUCCCUACUGAUUGGAAAUGUCGCUAUUUCAUAACAUGCUAUUUUCAUGUAAUAAUAACAAAUAACAAAUCGUGAGAAUGCAAUAAUAUUUUUAAUUAGCUUAAUUUGAAUGCAUACAAUUUGUUCCCUAUUUUAAG